UGGAAGCACAAUUUAAGAUUUCUUAAAUCGUGAUUGGAAGUAUAAUAUUUUUGAUAGAAUAAAUAAUUUUUUAAUAUUUAUUUUUUAUCCCAACCUAUCUUAGACCGUAGUCUCAGACCACAGUGUUUCUAUCAUGGUAUUAUAUAUCGUGAAGGCUAAACUCGUUUAAGUUUAACGUAGAUCAUAUUUUAAUCAUUUAUUAUUUUUAUUCGAUAUUUUUACAUAUUGUUCAGACCCGCUUCAAGUUUUUCGAAUAUUUUAAUUGUACGAGUUUAAAACUACUAGACAUCAUGAACAUUUUGAAAGAUAACAGAGUAAAGGAGUAUAUAUCAUCACUAAACGGUUGGAACCCUAUUCAGUGUAUGCCCUUACACUGUCAGUGUUUCGGAGAAAAUUUAUCGGAAGACGCUCAUUUGGUUAUCGCAUAUCCUUUCAGUAAUAACCUGGCUGAAUUAGCUGCCAUCCAGGGGCCAAAAAACGUAAGAUCGAUUAUAAUGUACAUCACAAAGACGUCUUAUUUCAACGGAGACACAAUGAAAUAUUUAGUCAAUGAAAUGCUACAAUGCAAAGACGUUGUAACAAUCGAGCAAUAUUAUAAUGUUCUUGAUCAAAACUUAAAGAUGCAUCCACCAUGCGCUCAAUAUAUGGAUAAAGAGUAUGAAAAAUUACUACUCGUCUCGUAUAGAAAAUAUUUUGGAGAAAUGAGUUUGUGGGACUAUAUAAUAGAACUCUUGAAUCAGAUCACAACCGGUGAUAUUUUAUAUGGUGACAAUGAGGCAUAUGAUUUGGCAUUCAAAAGGUGUUUAAGUUUUUGUAUUUGCAUUCUAAAAAUUGACUUUGAAGUGUCCAAAAGAAAAAAUGUUAGAUCAUUGGUUGCAAAAUGUCUAAACUAUCAUUCUGCAAGAAGAACACGAAUGAGUGAUAUCACUAAACUUUUAGAUAUGUUAUAUAACACUGGGUAUAAUUUCCAAACUCAAGUGAUAGAUCUUGCAUUACUCGUAAAUCAGUUGAAAUAAGAUUAAAAAUAUAUUUUCUUUUUCUUUUGCAUCUAUUGUUUAUAUUUAUGUCGAUAAAAUUUUUAUCUGUAUAAAUUAGUAAAAUCAGUUUUCAUUCAUCAUGAACAGCCAUGAGAUUAAACUGUUAUUUGAAUUAUUACAAUAUUUAAUGUGUUAUUAACCUAAAUUAAAAAAAAAAAAAAUGUUAUUAUUUCUU